UUCCCAAAUAUGCGUCCUGUAAAUCCUGUAUUUUACACAGAUAAUGUAUGAUAGUGAUUUCACUCCUGAAGCUCAUUUCUAAUUGGUUAAACUGACGGUGUUACGACACUGUUUUCGUUUCCAACAGCUCCAAAAUCAAUCGGAGAACAGUACUUGGUGUCUCCUACCUCCACAUUUUCCGCUCUCUGUCCAUUUGUAGGAAGAAAUGUAUAAAAUCCCCCUUUACUUUCCUCAGGAGUGCCAGUCAAUGCAUGUGCGCUCUCGCGCGUGUGUGAGUGAGGUGUCAAUCAAAGCGGCGGCUUCUCUUUCAUCUCUAUAGUCAGUCAGAGAUCAGGGGGAGGAGUACAGCACUACACUCUCUCCAGCCCAACAUUACUCUCAGUCUCUGCUGAGCGCAUUUCUGAAGAGGGACACCUUUAUACCCAAGAAACCAAACGGGAAUGACACACAGCAUCUGAACUCGAGUACUUUUUUUUUUUAACUGUCAAAACCGUCCUGCGUUCAACUAUAACUUCUAACUUUUGCUUUUAAAAACACCACAGGAGUCGUACUUUAACUUGUGAAGCACUCCGCGUCGCUAUAUUGGAUUCUCGAGUGUUGCACCGGUCGCGGGAAGCGCUAACGCGCGUGUUUGGAGGUGAAAGUAUACGGGGGUUUUCUGUCGCACGCGUUCGCUUUCCGGGCGUUUGUAGGGUGAGGAGGACUUUCAAUCACCCGAGAAAUGCCGCAGUUGUCAGGUGGAGGAGGCGGCGGGGACCCGGAGCUCUGCGCCACCGAUGAAAUGAUCCCGUUCAAAGAUGAGGGAGACCCGCAGAAGGAGCAGAUCUUCGCGGAGAUCAGCCACUCUGAGGAGGAGGGAGACUUAGCGGAGAUCAAGUCAUCUCUGGUCAACGAGACAGAAAUCAGUCCUAACAGUCACGACGCAGCUAGACAGUCCCAAAUAACACCAGACUCUUAUCAUGAGAAGCACAUGGACCAUCUGGAUGAUGGCUUUGUGAAGGGAAUUUCUCAGCCCACAGUCUGUUUGGUGUCGACACGUAAUGAUACGUGUCAGGGAAGAGCCCCAUCUUCCUCUGAUACGCUGCCCUCCAAACACACCGUCUGA